CUGUUUUGACUGUCGCUGUCUUUCCUACGAGUGCCUGUGCUCGCCAUUCGAUCUUGAUCAGUCUUUUGCUUAGUGUGGGCGGCCUUGUCCUCACCCUCCGACACAUACCCGUCGCCAUGACCUAUAUGUUGAAGAGGAGUCUUUUCGGACUGGAUAUCAACAAGAGAGGCACACCAGGCGGACAAGUAAAAGUCUUUUUCUACUGCAGGGAGGCGAGGAAGGGCAUCUGCUCAUUACUGCUGCAUGUCGCUUGGUGUGGGGUAGUUGUGCUAUUACUAUGUGGUCCCGCUCCUUCGCUCUGUAAGGAGGCCGGAGGAGCGGGAGGAGGAGGAGGGGGAGAAGGUGGUGAUGGGCCGAGGACUUUGUCCACAGUACCUGUUGAUGUCAUCGGCGGCAAGGAGAAGGGGGUGAGGCCAUCACCCUCCCCUGCUUCCUCUCCUCCCUCCUCGCCCUCUUCUUCUGACUCUUCUCCUCCUCCUCCUCCUCCCUCUCCCUCUCUGUCCCGGAAGGAAGGCGCCGCCCAUCAGCAGCAGCAUGGGGCGGUGGCAUUGCCGGCUCAGCUUCAGGAAGGGGGCARUGUCGGGAUUGAUGGGGUAAAUGUGCUCGAGGAGAAAGAGGAGGGGGGACAGGAGGCGGCGAAGGGUUCUCGUAGACGUGCCAUCGCGGAGCAGUUGUAUCUAGGUGGCCUAGAAGAGCAGCAGCGCCUCCUGGUGAAGGCAAUCAGCGUCGAGGAUGGAGAUCGGCCCGCCAAAAAUGAAGACCUUGAUGCCAAGGCUAAUGAUCUGCUCUUUCGUGAUGAUGAGGGUGGUGGGCAUGGCGUUGGUAGUCGCAGACUCCAGGAAGGAGAUUUUCCCGCCGAACCUAAYGGUCUCGUCUUUGCAGAUGAGAGUAGUGAUGGGGGGGGUCUGGUCGGGCAGGAAGGGCUGGUGUCAGUUUUGCCGCCGGCACCAACUUGCAGCGAUGGGGGCAGCGGYGGGGUCAGGGGCGGGAACUGCAAGAAGAUUGGAGCAGAUCGGCCGCUGCCUAAUGAUUGCUUGGAAGAAAGCGGGAGGGGCGAGGGGGAGAGGGGCUGCAUGCCAGCAGUGAUAUUCGGCGACGGGAGACGAGGAGAGGAAGCGGCGGUCCUGACUGGUAAUGCUGCUCUUCCCGUAAAGGAAAGCCAGGUUGUUAGGAGGGCAGUGGUCAAUCAUGAUGGCGAUGGCGAGGAUAGUGAUGAUGAUGAUGAUGAUGGUGAUGAUAGAGGUGGGGGAGAGGGUGGUGGUAGGAGGAGGACAGCUGGCACCUCCUCCACAUGGCCUCGUCAUCCCUUGAUUGAYGCUGAGUCAUCGGGCCACCACGUGUAUGUCGAGGGCAUCCAGCAGGAGAGAUGGGAGAGAAGUUCAGGGAGCAGCGAUCGGGAUGGGCAGYGGACAGAUCUCUCCUCUUUUAGUGSCAACAAGGACGGCCAUCCCCGUCAUGGAGUGGAUGCGGCGAUGGCGGCCUCUGCUGCCGUUGCUGGGAGGAACGGACAACGAGGAGGACGUGAUGGAGGUGAAGGAGGUGGGGGGUUACCCUCUUCUUCAUCUUCCUUAUCCUCCUCCRCUUCGACUUCCUUGCMUUCUUCUUCGCCGUCUUCGUCCUCUGGGGCGGGUGCCGCCUCUAUUUCCUCUCUCUCGUCAUCGUCGGCAGCGGCUAUCGGGGCAGCGAUGAUGGUCGGAGAGCAGUUGAUGAUAGCCACCACCCCGCUGAGAUCGACAUUUCGCGGGGUGGUCUCCUCGUUGGCACCAAAUGUGUCCAUUUUCCCGCCAUUUCUUGACUGGGGGGAGCAACCGCUCUGUACGCCUUCCUCCCUCUCUCUCGUCGUCACCAAUUUGUCGAACGACACAGAUCUGCUUGUGCGAUCGGUGUCGUCUGACAAUGUACAAUUUUAUCCGUCCGAUUUUGGCAGAUCUAGCAUUGCUCCUGGUCAACGUUUGUCGCUGACGAUCGAGUACUUACCCCGGGAAGAAAUUCCCGCCAAUGGCACGCUGAUAGUGCAGACUAGCGCCGGGGGAUUCUUGGUCGACAUGACAGGAGUCGGGACCUCGUCACCUCAUCGUGUCAGACCCUACCUCGGCCUCCGUCUGCCCGUCAAUGAAACUSUUGAACUUCCAUUAGAGAUUUUUAAUCCCUKCUCAAGUUCGCUGAGAGUAACUGAGAUCUUCUCACAAGAGGAUUUCAUACGACUGACCUUACCUUCUUCUCCUUCUCCUUCUCCUCCUUCUCCUCCUGCUGGUGMUGGUGCUGGUGGUGGUGAUUCUUCAUYGUCUUCACGUUAUCGCCAAGAUGGAGGUGAGGACAGGAAACGGAGAUGGAAAGGAGAGGAGGAGGAGCAGGUGAGGGAGGRGAGGAAGGAGGAGGAGGGGGCRCCGGCAUCAGUAUGGGAGAUUCAAGCUCAUGCCAGUAGGACAGUUAUCCUUGUGCAUGUUCAAGCAGCGAAAUUGGCGGGAAAGUUACAAGGGCAGGUUCAUAUUGUCCUAUCUCCAGUUGCUCCUCAUGUACCAUCUCCUCCUCCUCCUCCUAGUGGUGCAGUGGGUGCUGCGGGUGCGGCAGCUGCUGCAGGUGUUGGGGCAUUCAAGCUGAUCGUUCCGUUGGAUAUAUUGGUAAUCAAGGAAGGUGUCUAUCUUCCAAGAGGGAGUGGGGGAAGUCGGGAAGGUGCUGAUGUGGAUUUCGGGACGCUGAGUAGCAUGGAAGCCUAUGGUGGGCCUGUGACACGGGCGAUUGCUCUGUCCAAUCUGAAGGGAGGAAGAUCYGUUGCAGUAGAGGAAGUCUACGUGGAGGAGGAGGAUUGCAAUGUGCUUGAGCUUAAGUUCAAUCCGGGACAAUUGCUGUCUCCAGGAGCUACGGCAGAGAUUGCGCAGGUGACGUACGGCGGGAUAGAGCCGACAUCCCAAUCGCCAUCGCCGACGUCAACCUUAUUAGGCGGUCGUGUGCAACGCCCGGGGCGUGGGCGGGGACAAAGUGUGCCUUCUUCAGCACCGUCUCCUGUAGUGGGCGGUGUCCUGGGCAAGCAGGCAGAUGCUGAAGACUGGYCAUGGCGCUGGGGCAAGAUCUUGAUCCGUACGAAUGAGACAAGGAAUCCCGUUCUGUCUGUUGCUUAUCGCGCUCGCGUGGUUCAUGGUGGUCUUUUCUGUUCUAUCGAACAAUCAACUUUCAUAAUCCCUUCACAUUUCCCACGUCAUCCGAUCCUGGCAUCCGUUGGUGCAGUUGAAGGAGCCGAAGAGGGAUCCGUGGUGUCGGCGCCAUYGCCGUCAGCCACCAAGAAAGCGAGUGCAGAUGGAAAGCAGAAGACGUGCCCCCCCGGUUCAGGGGAAGAAAGAGGAGGUGGCGGUGGUCGUGGUUCUGGCCAAGACAUUGUCGUUUCUGGAUAUCUCUCCCUUGUCAACGGGUUUCACGUUCCUGUCUCAGUUUUCAAUGCGUCUGUUGAAGACCCUCUGCGCUUCCGGAUCUUGUCUUCGUCCUUUGCACGAGACGUUGUGCCGGGGGCAGUUGUGGGGAACAUCUCCAUCGAGCUCAUGCUCACCACACCUGCCUCCGCCGCCCCCAGUACCACCGAUACCUCGUCGGGUCUGGGCUUGAAUCUGGGACCUGGGGCUACUGCAAAGGCGGCGGAUGCUAGGUACCUGAAGCGUCAUCAUCACCCCAGGAGCUCGAAUGGCGACGCGGACGGUGCCUCUUCUUCUCCUCUGCGACCAGGCUCUUCUUUGUACAGGGUACUUCCUGUUUCAUGGCUAAUCUUAUCGACCAGCCUGGCGGAGGCCCGCGUCCCCCUCUACGUCCAUUCUGGCAGAUUGACUGUCUCGCCAACGAAAUCGCGGAGCGAAGGUGGCAAGCAGGCUCAUGACGAGUUACGUCAAGAGCAGCACUUUUUGCUUGAUUCUUCCUUAAUUGGCACUGCRGUAGGCGUGGAAGGSGGAACAUAUGCUGAUGUGGGCGCGCACGCAGUACCUCUCGGUGCUCUGACCAGAGGCCCUGUUUUGACCGAGGAGGGUUCGCAGCAGGGACAUGACGAGGAGGAGGAGGAGCUGCAGAUGGACUUGGGGGCUAUUGGGGUGGGCGGUUUCGGAUUUGGCAGGUUCAAUAUAAUGAACACCGCUCCCAUUGAUGUUCCCAUCUUGCACGUACAYGUCCCAAUCACAGAGAUGCGGGUGUUUGUGGCACUGCCGGACGGCAAAACGAUGUGCUUUGGCGUGAAUGGGAGUUGCGAAGGAAGAGGAGGAGGAGGAGGAUUAUCUAGGGCCUGGCCUUCUCCUUCCACAGUUGCUGCUGCUGUGAAGGAAGCAGAGGAGGACGCGGCGGAGAGGACGAAAGCCCCAGCAAGCAGGGGAGCAGAAGAGCAUGGAGGGGUCGAGGACGUGGGGGAAGGGAUUGUCUUCGGAGUGGGAGCUGGUCAUGCAUUAGGGUUGGAUAGUCUCAGUAACCCUGGGGUUGCUGCGGCGCCAGGAAGGCAUCAACCGCUUUUUCUGAUUCCGUCUGGGACAAGGGUGGAGGUAGAGGUGGAGGUGGCAUCACCUAAAGCCGCGGUCUUAAGUGAGGAGUUCCAAAUUGUUACCAARUAUCAGAAGAUARAGGUGAGGGUGCGCUGCGAGUGUCUGCACGGCUCGCUGCAUCUAAUUCCGUCGCCAAUGGCCUUCGGUAUGGCGUUUCCUGGGUACAUGGUGAGGAAGAAGGUGUGGGCAAUGAACACUUUCCCRAGACCGCURACCAUUUCUCGAAUUGAGACGUCGGAUCCGCGGUUCUUUUCUGAACUGUCGGUGAGGACGCUGRUUCCCAACGAGAGGCGGGAGAUUGGGUCUCUGGUUUUCGAUCCGUCAUUGGGUGGGAACAAGCACAAUUACAUGACSGACGAGGAAACUGGAGCGGCACCKGGGSUCAGUUUUUGCUGUGCUGGCGAUGGCGGGGUGCYAAACGGGGUAGCAAAUUCAGGAAGCGAGACGGGGGGUGGAGCGGUGGCGGGAGGUAAGAAAGGGUGGGGAGGGUCCUUUCUGAGAGGUGGGGCCCGAGGUGGAGGUGGUGGAGCAUCUGGGGGUUGGGAGCAGAUCAUCAGAGAGGAUGUGGAGGCGGUCAGAAGACGAGAGAAUAUCUGGCAGGCCAUUUUUUCACAAGAGGAACAUGAYGUCAGUGCAAUCCUUACGCUGCACACGGAUGUUGUCAGAGAGCACUUSGUGCCGGUCAGUGCGUCUCUCAUCUGGCCGCAACUCCUGCAGCUCAAGAGGAUGAACUUCUCCCUUGUGCAGAUCGGCUCCGAAUCCGUCAGAGGGAUACGAGUCUGCAAUCCGAGUGACCGCCAUGUGCAUGUGCAACUGAUGGUGGACACCACCGCCGGCAGCAGCGGCGGGAGAGGAGUCAGGGAGGAGAGGGGAGGGCGGGAAGGGGGUGGUGCAGAUCGAACUGAGUUGAUGGGGGAUGGACAGCAACCUCGGCGAGGCGGGAGUGUGGCAGCGGGGGAGGAGGGGGAUUUCUUUCUAGGAUCGGGAACAUCUGUCGGGCGUGCGAGGUUUGCCGAGGCACUCGUUCCACCUCAUUCGGAAGUUGAUAUCGGACACGUGGCAUACCGUCCAGCGAGCUUGAGGCAGGUGAGGGGGGUUCUGUACUUGAGGAAUAACUUGACCCGCUUGGAGCGUGUAUUUCUUUAUGGCGAAGGAGGCAUGGCAGAGCUGCUGUUCUUUGAUAGUGAUGGGGGAUCUCCAAGUCGAGAGCUCCGAUUUGAGAUGAACUCCUCGUUUUCACACCCGGAGCGCAGGGAGGGGGUGUUGGUUGGGGAUGUGACGACGGGCUUGCCCCGGCCUGGYGGUGGCAGCAUGCCUGGCAUAACCGCGGUAGCAACUCCCCCUCUGAAGAUGCAGAGGCAGUUUAUUGCCAUGAACACGGGGAACAUGCGAUUGGAGGUGCAGAGUCUUGCCGUYAAGGCGUGCCAUGCACCAAGUUUCCGCGUGGAUUCCUCCGGGGGUUUUGUUCUGGAACCUGGAGAGUCUACGGUCAUCUCCAUCACCUUCGAGCCCGACCAAGCAGAUGGCAUUGUGAAGAGGACGUUGCGUGUGAUGACGACUGUUGGGGCWAUGGAUUUCCAGCUAAUCGGGAAACUACGACGUGAUGUGGACUUCAGAGUAUCUGUGGAGACCCUUCACCGAAAGUACUGCGUUUGCCGCGGAACAUCGUCUGCAGUGCAGUUGGCAGGUGGACCCCCUCGACCGCCGUUAGUAGCUGAGGGGGCAGUGGGGAAUCGGGUUGCGUCCGUUCACUUGUCUUCUGCUUCGUCUGCCUCUGCCGGCUCUUCUCCUGCAUCUGUGUCUGCCACAGCUCCAGUUCAGGGUGGCACGGUGUCGGCAGUGGUGAGCUGCAAUGAGAACUCUGCCCACGGCGUGGCCGUUGCAUCGAGCCGUGGGACAUUAUUGGCGCUCAAUGAAGGCACCUGCUCUCCCGCUUCCCAUGAGCAGACUGAGAACGGUGGUCAGAGUCGAGCUUUUGCAAUUCCGAGUAGUCUGAUUGAUGCCACUCUGAGAUUAGGGCCGGGACAAAGCCUGUCUGGAUCCUCAUCCUCGUCGUCGCCGUACGCAGCUGCCUCUUCUUCUCGCCCUGAGGAUAUGAAUAGACUCUCACAGGUAGGAGGUUCCGCUGCCGCUGCCAACCUGCAAAGGAGAACAGCAGCUGCAUCCCCGCUACCUGCAGACAAGUCGUCAGGUUCCUCAUUAUUGCCGUCUCACCUCUCUGCCGGGUUGCCCGAGGCAUCUGCUGCGCAAUUCACAACAACAUUUGCCACAUGUACCACCACCACUGCAUCGUUUUCUGCCUCUUGCUCUGUCAGAGCGGCCUCCCAGGCCUUGGCUGGUUCUGGUGUUGCUCCGGGUGCGUCCCAUGUAGUAGAUUCACAGUGCCGUGAUGCCUGCAACAGUAUGUCAUCUGGCUCGGCGGGGCAAUCAUCCUUGUUGCAAUCGCAAACAGCAUCCGAAAUGAUGCCGGGGAAGUUUAAGCAGUCAUCAUCCUCGAGAAGUGUGCCCAUGUCAAUUCCUUCGAAACUGUCAUUGCCAUCCACCCACUCUUUUACGUUCUCAGGUUCGGGUGCAGAGGAGGAGAGUGCUGCUGCCGGAGCCGAUCAGUCUGACCUGUUGUCCACUCCUCUUGGAACGCCACCAACUCCCUCUUCGGCAUCUGAAACAGCUGGUAAGAGUUGCAGUGCCAACGGUGCGUGCCAGAAAUCAGCAGACGGGCCACCUUCGUCAGCAGCGGCAGGGACCGAGAGGGAAAGAGAGAGGAGGCGAAAAAGAAGGCAGCAUCGGCAAAGUGUGGAAUCGCAGAAAUCAGGAGAUGGGUCUGCUGCUGCUGCUGCUCGUGGGGCGUCGGCGAGUACCAACAAUGCUGUGUGCCCUUCAUCUCCUCGUUCACCGCCGUCUCCCGCAGCUGCAAACAGCCCCCGUGGGGCAACGGGCUCGCCGAUAAAUAGUCCUCGUGGUGGCCCUCUCUUGACGUUGAAUACUGCGGCCAGCGCUCGUGGUGGCGCAGUUUCUUCCAGCGAUGCGGUGCAAGGAGGUGCUUGGCAGCAGUCGACUGCACCGGGUCGUUCUCCUCGCUGGUUGACACCGGCUGGCGGUGGGUUUGGAGGCGUUGCUGGGACUUCCUCUGAUGGGACUGGAACUGCUUCAGCUCCAGGCAGCACUUCUAUGGGGGCCACACAUGUUGCUAAUCACGGGGGUAAAGGGGGUGGCAGUUCACGAUCGGGAGGCGGUCGGUCUAGAGGUCGGCGCGGACCUGAAGGUUUGGCCCCCCUCGAGCUUCCGCCUCUUCGUCCUGAUAUCGGUGGCGUCGAUAGAAAGGCGUCCACUCCUGGAAGUGUGCCACAGGGGAGAAAUCUGGGGUGGUCCAUCAGUGCGCAUACUGGUGAUCAGAUUCCUUCGACAUCGUUGGAAGGAACCGCCACUACUUCCAACAAGCCAGUGAACCGAUCAGAGAGCAUGCCAAACGACCGCGGCAGUGUAUUAACCGCCGGAGGAGUGUGGACGACGGGUAGUGGCGUUGCUGCCUUGACGGCGAAAGUUUGUCAGAAUGGGCAUAAUACACGAGCUACAUCGGGGAAGAAGACAGGGCCAGGACACGCAGCGUCGUCUGGCGCUGCAGGAGGGGGAAUGAGUCUGGAUGCAAAUGUGCCAUCGGCAUCAACAUCUGAAAAAGGAGAAGAGGGCAAAUUUGCGGGAAGGGGUGGGGGGGCAGGGAUGGCUGUGAAUUCGCCCUCAGUGUAUGCUCAUGUCCAACUCCACAAGCAGGUCCCUCAUGCUGGAGGUCUGUCCCCUGGGACUCCUUCCGGGGUGAGUUACAACCUGCCCCACAGAACAGUUGGUGUAACUAGGUAUUCCCCUCUUCCUUCGCCGACAAGUGGGGGUGGAGGUGCGGGUCCUCUGCUGUACAAUCUGCCGGCUACUGGACCUUAUAAACCUCCACUKUCGCCUUCCGUGUCAUGCGGUUUGUCUUCCCCUKCRUCAAUGACAGCCCUCCUUCCGGCCGCAAAUAGCUCUAGUUCCUCCUCUUCGCAUGCASAUCCCGGGCCAAUUGACAUGGCUGCGGGAGAGAGUGGGUUGAGCGUUUGGGCCCGGGGAGGGGCUGGUACGGACRCGAAGGCGCCUUCUGUCUAYGRUGAUUCRAAGUGGGACUCCCCUCUUCUUGAGCGGAAGKUYGCAACAGUGCCYGGUACAGCGGCCGACGGCUCGCAACGUUCUGUAGGSAGCGGCAAUCGUUCAGCUUGGCGGGGAAUGAGAAGUGGACGUGGSAGCACAUCUGCUGGAGGCCUUCUGGGAAUUACAAUCCACGGCCCCUAUGACACUCUCAACGAUAUCGGGCGGCAGAGCUUGGAUGCGGACCAGACGCUCAACAAYCUGGCWUGUAACAUCUGGGGCUAUUGCCCACSAGGAAGAGAUCCAAUCGGUGKCGGGUUGGGGUUGUCUUCGCCUCGAGGGGUGACRUCAACGGGUGAAMUCACUUCUCCUACCGAAGCCCUCUUCUCGCAAACUGGAUUCAAGUCUCUGCUCUCGGACAUGAGUCGCGCGACAGCAGCAGAGUCCCUGASUAGUGGAAGGGUKGAGGGUAGGGUGCUGCAGCCCUCUGCUGGCCAUGAGUCGUCCGUAAGCAGUCAUAAUGGCCCAUUUGCGGCAUUYCCUCCUUUUUCGAUGUUCUCCCAGKGUCCAGGMUCCACCGUCUCCKAUUCCUCUAACCGGGCUGAACCCUUGUGGAGCAGUGCSACUCGCACUGCUCAYGUGCGUUCGCCAYGCUCCAUCGACAACCUGUCSUCUACGACUAGCAGCUGUGUUCUCUCCGCGGACCCGAUUCUUCUGUCCCCUCGUGGCAGMUCRCAGGCGUUCUCAGUCUSCGACGCUUCAUCGGUUGCGGUGGCAGUUUGUUCUGCAACCACACAGCGAGCUCUCGUAGAGAGAGGCGCCACCRGAGGGGGGAGAUUGGGAGUGGGAGUGAUCGGCAACAAGGCAACCACCACUGUGAUGUCGACUUCCUCCUCGUUGAUGGCGUGCUCCUCCGUUUCCAUGCGGUCUUACAAUCCCCCAAUGCAAUACUCGCCGCUUCCGGAUGGUGUCAACCUCGGCAGCCCGAGAGGGGGAGGAGGGGUGUCCCAUAACCCAAACCUGUCCGGUCCCGGACCUGCCGCGUCCCGGGGAAUACAAGGUUCCAUUCCAACCAUCCAAGCCCAAUCAUUCUAUUUGCACAUCAAUCCCGGCGAAGCGUUUAUCACGCCGGCGGCGAUUCCUGAGGAAGAGGCUGUGCAUGUAUUCUAAGUACUGUUUCUCCCAUCAGCUGGGUACAUGUGUUCGCUACAAUAACAUAGGCGCUGCUGCAUUUCCGGUCGCCCGGUUCUUACCUUCUUGUUGGGCAUUUGUACUUGCUGGCUGUUCUUGUUGGGCAUUUCCGGUCGCCCGGUUGACAGGGCCUCGAUCGAUUUGAUGGUCAUGGAACACCUGGGGGUAACGACUGGUCUUGAUUCACUAACUGACUAAUCGCUCGGACUGGGGGACGACUAGUCCUCCGUUGUUGCACUCUACUAUUUUGAUGUUUACACGACUGGCUUAUUGCCUGGCAUUCUAUCAGGCAGUUGCUCUCUCGGGUGAUGUGUUUAUUUGUGUGAACUGUGCAUGCGUGCCUGGUCACAAGCAAGUUCCUUACGUGCUUCCUGGGCAGGGGGUCAGGUGGUACAGGGCGGGAGUGUGGAGCCUUAGGUAAAGGUCAAUGGCCCUGGCUGGAACCGGGUAUCGGCUCUCUCUCUCUCUCUUUCACACACACACACACACACACACACACACACACACACACACACACACACAGAAACACACACACACAGACACACACAGAGAGAGAGAGAGAGAGAGAGAGAGAGAGAGAGAGAGAGAGAGAGAGAGAGAGAGAGAAGGGGGUUAUGGGACUCUCUCUUAGGAUGUGAGUGUUGUGGAUGGGAGGGAAUGGAGUUUAGGACCUUUAGGUACUGUGAUUGCCUUUGUGGCCUGUUGUGAAUGUGGAGGUAACGGGCUUAGGGUUUAGGGUUUGAGACUUCUCAACGAAAACCUUCUAUCGGGAGUGGAUUCAUGAUUUUGGCCCGGGCCGUGUUUCCAUCCUGUGAGGGUAUGUGGGGAAGGAGGAUUUAUAUCCCUUACAGUAGGAAUAUGCAUCACACUCUCUUCCCUAAACCUUGUUGUCAUUUCGUAGCCAAUGCCGCCCACCUGUGUUUCUGCAUGCAGGUCACCGCUCCACGAACUCAUCUGGUACAGCCGCGAAUGGCAUUGCCAAUGUGACCAGAUGGUGUCCAAUUACUAGAUAGGCAACGUCCAUUUCAGCGA